CACUCUGACAUCUGUCACAGCAUAUCAGGUGGAUGGAUGGCGUGGAAGUAUUGAAGUUCGAAACAAGCGUCGCGAAACUAAAUUAAUCGACACGUAAUUUUAUAGUUUAGAAUGAAGUCAGCUAGUGAAUUAACUUAUCUUUUAGUCAAACUAAUUGUCCUCCUAGGAUUCACUCAAGUUCAUGGCUCGAAAAGCAGGCACGUAACUUGCGGCACAGUCCUCAAAUUGCUCAACGCAGACUACGAUGUGAGGCUGCACUCGCACGACGUCAAGUACGGUUCAGGAUCCGGCCAGCAGUCGGUGACCGGCACCGAGAUCAAGGAGGACGUCAACAGCCACUGGGUCAUAAAGGCAGCCGCCGGGAAAACAUGCGAGCGUGGCCAGCCCAUUCAGUGUGGUUACACGAUCCGCCUGGAACACCUCAACACUAAAAAGAAUCUUCACUCGCAUUACUUCUCGUCGCCACUGUCCGGCAACCAGGAGAUCUCGUGCUACGGUAACGACGGCGUGGGAGAUUCCGGCGACCACUGGGAGGUCAUCUGCAGUGGAGACGAGUGGUUGCGCGACUCAUCUGUGAAGUUCCGUCAUGUGGACACCGGCUCGUACUUAGGCGUGUCAGGACGAACCUUUGGUCGCCCGAUCAACGGCCAGAUGGAGGUGGUUGGCUUCACGAACCCACAGCACGGCUCAACCUGGAAGGCGGCCGAGGGACUGUUCAUUAUGCCAAAGGAAUCAAAAGCCUACUAUCCGCACACGGAACUGUAGUUUGAGUGCUAACUUCUUCCUAGUUGUAACGACUACUUUCUGUUCCCCCCCUUUUGUGGUAUUUCUAAUAGAAUAAUUUUUAAUGACGCAGCGAAAGCAUUUAAUUUGAUCGGGACAUGAUUGCCCAACUGUUUUGUAUCGACAAACGGAAAUUCGUUGUGUGUAAGCGUGACUUCCGCGGGCUUUCUCGGGAAUCAUGCGUGUGCGGCACAUGUGAUGUAACCAGGAUUAUUUGAUAAUAGAAGUCUGUUUUCAUGGAGA